AUGUUUCCACACCACAGUUGUAUGAAAUGCAGCAAAAUAACUCCACUGUUAUUAUUAAUAUUAUCGCUGUUCAUUGCGGCUCUUGCAAAGCCUGGAGGGGCCAAUCGUACACCGACGUUAACAGAAUCAUUGGAAUAUAAGGAAGAGGAGGAUACCCCAACGUUAACAGAAUCAUUGGAAUAUAAGGAAGAGGAGGAUACCCCAACGUUAACAGAAUCAUUGGAAUAUAAUAAUAAUGGAAGUACGCAAACGUUAACAGAGUCAUUGGAAUAUAAUAAUAAUGGAAGUACGCAAACGUUAACACAAACAGUAGAAUUAAAUGAUGAUAUUCCAACAAUGAGUACAUCGAUUUCAUUAUCUUUUAAUUCAAGUGACUUUGAGGAAAUAGAAGAGAGCAAUAUGUGGAUCAUUAUCGCUGCUUGUGUGGCAGUCGCUUUAGUUCUCAUUUUUAUUAUUUUCUCUGUAUUCAUUUGCUGUAGAUGUAAAAAGCGUCAAAUUCCUACGGAAGUUGAGACGAAUGACUCUUUUAAUUUGUAUGAGAGUGAGAUGUGGAGAUCUUAUUCCGAUCCCUCUAUUAUGCGAGAAAUGGGCAGAGGAGAGGAGAGGAAUAUUCUUCGGGGCUCCAUUCGUUUAGCAGAGGAAAGUGAUAUCUCCGAUAUUUAUAGUGAUCGAGAGAAACGAUUAAAGGCACUGGAUAGUAUUCGAAAACAUCAAAUGAAAGAUUUUGAUUUAGCGCAGGCCAUUAGUCUUCACUUACUACAUCAUAAGGAGACUGCAGAUAAGGAGUUUGGUCCCUUUUACGAAGAUUCCUUUUCGGAUCUUCCAGAGGUAUAUUCAUAUGAAGAGAGAAAGAAAGAGAAAGAGGAAGAAGGAGAGAAAGAGAAAGAGAAAGAAUUGCAGUCCCCACAGUGGGGGUAUAAUAGUUGGGCCGAAUAA